AUUAAUACUUAAGAAAGGCAUGAAAAUUUUCACAGAGGUACCGAAUCAAAUAAGUAGAAUGGGUGACAUAUCUAUUAUCUUUGUUUAUAAAGUGUGAAGACUACAGUAUGUGUCAAUUGUUUAUCUGUUCCUCUUUAGUCUAGAAAGUUCCGCCCGCAGUCAGUGAGAGCGGAUUUUGACAGAAAUGGUGAAGGAGAGGAAGUAUUAUGAUCUGCUCGGCGUCCCUGUGACCGCAACUGAGGCGGAAAUAAAAAAGGCCUACCGCCAGAAAGCCCUUAAAUAUCACCCGGAUAAAAAUCCGGAUAGCGCAGACAAGGUAUGUUAGCCAGUGUUACUUUGACAGACAAAGUUCAAAGAAAUCUCUCAAGCAUUUAUGGUUCUGAGCGAUCCUGAAAAAAGAGAAUUAUAUGAUGCAAGAGGCGAGCAAGGAAUUAAAGAGGGUGGCGUUGAUUCGGGUGGAAUGGCUGACCCAAUGGAUAUAUUCCAAAUGUUCUUCGGGGGUGGUCGUUCUCGCGGACCCCGUCGAGGAAAAGACUGUGUGCACCAGUUGUCAGUGACCUUAGAAGAGCUAUACAAUGGCAGUGUUAGGAAACUUGGUGUUACGCGAAAGGUUAUAUGUGAUCAGUGCCAAGGUCGUGGUGGCAAGGCGGGUGCCGUUGUAACCUGCCGCACAUGUCGAGGAACAGGCAUCCAGACUCACGUUCGCCAGUUAAACGUCGGGUUCGUUCAGCAGAUACAGACUACCUGCAGUGCAUGCAAGGGCGAAAAAGAAAUUAUUGAUCCAAAGGAUUGUUGCAAAAAGUGUGAAGGCAGAAAAGUUGUCCGCGAAACCAAGGUGAUUGAAGUCCCAAUAGACAAAGGCAUGACUGAUGGUCAAACAAUCAAAUUCCAUGACGAAGGUGAUCGCGAACCGGGCUUAGAACCCGGCGAUCUUAUUAUUACCCUUGAUGAGCAACCGCAUAGCCGUUUCAUCAGACGUCGAAACGACUUGAUACACACUAUAGAAUUAUCACUCUCUGAAGCCUUGUGUGGCUUCCAGCGAACAAUACGAUCAUUAGAUGAUCGGACACUAGUGAUAACUUCCAGACCGGGUGAGGUGUAUACUAAUAAAGAUUUCCGUGCGAUUGAAGGAGAAGGAAUGCCAAGAUACAAAAACCCGUUCGACAAAGGCCGGUUGAUUAUCAAGUUUGACAUAUCAUUCCCGAAGAAUGGCUUUCUUUCUAAAACUCAACUGGAUUCGUUGCGAAAGUUACUUCCUCCACCUACUUGUAUUGAAGAUAUUCCUGAAGAUGCAGAAUCGGUUGAGUUGCAUCCGUUCGAUCCUGAGUUUGAUCACCAGCAACAGGAGCGCCGUGGCGAGGUAUACGAAGAUGUAGAUGGUUCUGAGAGUUCCAAUCCGCGAGUUCAGUGUGCAUCCGCUUAAUGUGAUUAAUUUAUAUCCGUGGUUCGGAUCGCGGAUGUGCAUUUUGGGUUGUCUAUAUGAUAUACACAUCUAAUAUGGACCAUUCGAUGUGUUUACUUAACCUUAACAACAGCCAUUUACAUUAUCGCAUCCAUAUAUUUUGAAUUAAACUUGUCUACGGAACACUCGUUACACUAUCCGACUUCUGUUCACUUUUGAGAUAAUUUGCAGCUAAGUUGGAUGUCAUAAUUUAUUGUCUAGUUCUCGCCAUUGGGGAGCAUUUACUGUUCGUGAGCUAGAAAAACGACCAAUAAAUUUAACUGCGACGGUUCAGGAAAACGUAAUCUUAACAAGUCGAUCUUAAGGUGGUUGCCUGUAAGGUAGCUGCGAAUGUGGCUGUAACAGUGACCGACAAUCCUAGGUGGUUCCUGGCACUUUUUGAGGACCAUAUUCGGGCAAAUCCUGUAUCCAUCUCAUUCGAUCUUCAAUUACAUGGUGCGGUAAUUUUUGAGCCGUCUUUAGCAAACUACGGUGAAAAAGAUGUGUAUUUUGUUUGGAGUUUCUUCCCAUAAAUUUCCCUAACAGCCUGUAAGUCAUCUCAUUAUUAUUCCUGAUGUAUUCUAUUGACUUUCCUCGCCCUGAUAUCUGCAUUCGUCCAGUAAGUCCUCGUGUUAGGACUGUAGUUAGUAGAGUGGCGUAUAGCUUGGUCGGAAGGUAAGUUUGUCUAUUAUUAAUUAUCAGGCAUAAAACAUAAUGAAUUACAUUGAAAACUAUGAUGUGCUCACAACUUUGACUGCCAGGGUCGUCAGAGGUUUUAAAUCAAUUCCAAACUAUCAGGCUACAGAUAUUUGGGAUUUCCACCACCUAACUGAAAGGUGAAAGUUGAACACUAGUCAACGCGACUAUAUCCUCGUGGGUGCUUCUCCAUUUCGAGGCUACUAAUAUAUAGUUGGUGCCUUUGAAGUGCUGCAUGUGGUGAGACUAUCAAGCAGGCGGUGUUGUGUUUGGGCUGGAGGUGCACAAGUUUCAGUAUAAGCGAGCACCAAACGUGUGUGCGCCGCAUUUCAUUGCUCAACUUGUGUAGAGGGCUGGGACACCUUAGUUUAAACCUCACUAGCCGUAACUUGCUGAAUGUUUUGGGCGUUUAAUAUCUCUAUUCAUAUGGAUAAUUAAUAUAACAUAAAGUUUGUGCAUACAGCUUAAUAGCUCUAGAAAAAUUGACACUACCUUGUGAUGUGCUAAUCAUUUGUUUUAAGCCUUUAAUAGUCGAAAAUUUCCAUAAGUCUUACGUCUAACUGUAUGUAGCUUGGAACUAAUCGGGAAAACAGUGAGGAAGUUAGUACUGUAUCGGGAACAACUUUUUCAUUCUAUAAGUUCGAUAAGACAUUUAUCAGCUAGCGAAAUACACAACUGGAUCGUGAAACCAAAACUAUCACGUCGAGUCUUAUUGGACUAACCAAAAAGUGCAGAUUGACUUCAAUCGCGCCAAUCUGCGUUUCAUGUUUCUUAGUAAGGCUACAGAUGAGGAAAUUGGGUUUAAAACUAAGGAGUUUGUUAAUGCACUGUUGACCUAGUAAUUAUUUCGUCAGGAUAAUUGGUAAGGUAAUUACGGGAUGUCCAGAUGAUAAGUACUUGUUGGAUAUGGUGGGGUUAUGAGAUUCCAUAAUUUUAGAUAGCAGUUUGAAUAGACGAUGAAUAUAGAAUACAAUUAUAUUUAAACAAAACAACGGUAAUAAAUAAGCAGGUUCACAUUUCACUAAUUUAGGUGUUUUAUGACCUUUUUAGUGGGUUUUUGUGUGGAUGGACAGGGUUUUUCUUAUGUCCCAACGUCGUUAGAUUUCAGUAUUGUCUACUGGGCCCAUGGAUGCCCAAAAAUUCACCGCACCAGCCUCCAAAGGCGAUGGCAACUGUGAGCAUCUGAUUAAAGUCAGCAACAGUCACGGACAGUGGGAGCAAAGGAAGUUGCAGUAGGUAAUUGGCGAUAUUUUAGAAUUAUCACAGAACCAAGUGUUUCAAAGUCUAGUGUUAACGAGACCGGUUCCGAAAAGAAUCGAACAGUGACCCACUCAACUCAGAAGUUUGGGGCCAUGGGUGAGGCUAUUUUGAGGAAUGGUUUAAUUCGUCUUCAUCUAAUAUCUAGUUGCUUACUGUUAUCUUAAACAAGUUGUAAAGGCUAUAGCUAGUGACGGAGAAUAGCAAGCCCUAUAGGAUUAACCUCAGGGAUCCUUAGCGGUCAUUUGAACGUGAAACGCCUUCAGGAAGUAGGUAUAUAUAUCUCGUUUUUUAGAAUUCAGGAAGCUUAUACUUGCUCUGAACGUUCCAACCUCUUCUCAGUCCAUUUAUGGUGCCUCCAAGACACUUUCGAAUAUGUUCUGCAAGUUGUAUCCUAUCGAAAGGUAACGGUCAAACUAUUACUUUCAUUGAACGGUUUUCCGAAAAAUAGUUAUUGGGGAGUUUGUACGUGAUAUACUUUUUUUGCAACGGUAAGAUUAUAAGAACAAUUUUUAAGUUGCGCUACUGAGCUAUUCCAGAAGACGUCUAAUAAAGCAGUCUUGUUAUAUUUUAAAUCAACUUCAGUGUUUUACACCGAGAAAUACUUAUACCGUCUUUUUGAUGCCCGAAGACUAGCUCGGUUUUCUCUUUGUGCUUGGGGAUACACUUCCUUACUUUUGUUUAAUCAUCUCGAUAUGAAAGUUACGGGUUUCCUGUUCUGUUACGUCUAUUCCCAGUGGAGCAACAUCUGUAUUUAAAGUUCUAAUUACCAGUACACUAUUCAGUUGGUGAGAACGAUUUGAAAAAGCCUCAAUAAAUUACAAAAUGUUCCAUAAUGUAUUCUCAUGUCGUUCUUCCUGUACAUAUUAAUAGUUAGUGAUAGUCGCCGCGUAAAUUUAGGAAUAAAACUGAAGGGUACUAAUCCUUCAUCUGAGAACUAAAGUAUUCAAUAAGGGUGUCUGUAUUAGUGAAGCUGAGUUAUUCAUGUCAGUUUUAAAAACUUUUAACAUCUAUAGUAUAGGACAGGAAAUUGGUAAGAUCGAGUUGAAAGUGACAUUUGAAUGGCUUUAUUGCAAGAUUUGUAUCAUAAAAGCGUCUAAAUCGCUUCAAAAGACUCCAUAUACAAUUCAAUAUUUACUGUAAGGACUAUAUCAUCCUAAUGCAAUUCAGUACCUUGAAGACUAGAGAUGGUCUAAUUCACUCGGCAAAAUAAUCAACAGUGGGAUUGAAUUCAAUUGCGCUUAUGAUAAACUCGGACCAUGUGGGUCGAAAGAGAGAAGGGAUUUCUUUAUUUGAAAAUAUAAACAUUUAAUCAAAGUGAAGCACUUGUAGUAACAAGUUCAGCGAAGACUUCAUCCGUAGGGACUUGCAAAUAUUCUCGCGUGUAUUUUAAUGAGAUAUUUUCGCGCUGUUUUUGUAAAGUAUUCAGUUUUUCACAUAUAUAACUUGGUUUCAAUAGCUGAGUAUUAAGUGCCAAUAGUUAAUUACCAUAAAUCCUAGAUGUUGUUCCAUCGGUUCUUGUAGGAGCUACAAUAGUAAUUCUGUUGGGUAAUUCAACUAGAAUUAAUAUACUUUCUCCAACCAAUUUUUUUAAACUUUUGGACUCUUGAACCAAAUGGAAUCAACCUACACUUCAAGCAAACGGGUUUUCCCCUUAUUUCUAGAACUAGAGGCCUCAUUUUCAUACUACUUAAGGGCUUAUAGCACUGUUAGAUUGAACCUUUCGUUAAUUUCAGAAAAAAUUAAUACACAGGGAUAUCUAAGUGUUCAAUACCCUCUAGCUAAAGCACAGGUAAGACGUAUUCAUUAAAGUCUUUUGCAUUCACAGCUUCACUAAGCAGUGGAAAAUCAGAAACAACGCAGUUUUCUGAUGAUUCAUUUGCAUCUGACUUAGUCGUAAAAAGUCUUAAGUAGCACGAACCAACAUAGCUUCUUAUUAACGGGAUAGACCUUACAACAUUAAUCCGAGAGUACGCGAACAUCAUCCAACUUUUACUGAUGGGAGUACAUGUGUGUGAAGCUCGUCCGCUUUAAUUGACCUUGAGGCACCAACACGGCCCUGGUACGGCCGAGAGUGGGGAGAGUCCGCUCUCCCUCUCGAAAUGCUCUCACACGGCCACGCGUAUAUAGCCUCUGCCAGGGAAGUCCUACUCACUGCCUUCUCGUGGCGGGGGUGUUGUCUACGAAAAUGAGAGGACGAAGAGCGAAUGUCCGGCGCUUUAACCGGAUUCCAAACCAUUGGUGCACAUGGGCUCCAUUAUCCUGAGGGAACAAAUGGCGUAUGAACCAAUUGUUGGUCACCGGCUUCCAUGGGACUGCAUCUCCUUACGAUGCUCCACUGCCUUUUGGAUCAGACCUUCAGGUCGAAGGCUCGGGGAGUGGCCCCCUAAGAAAACCACCUGCUUCGGUUUUGGCACCCGGGCAGUAUCACAGCCCUCACACAUAUCGAAUGAGAUUUGUGUGGCGCAUAUGUAUUUGGUGCCUCUUUAUACCAUUAUCUAUGUGUUGAAAUAAAUAAUAAAUAAACGUAUUCAUUAACAGGGGAAGAAAUAUUAAGCAAAGUACUUUUCUUUAAUUCAAUUUCGAUUAUCCUAAUAAUCGGAAACUUGUGAUUAAUUAUACCAGUGAUUGAUUUGCCUGUAGAUGCUCAUGAUUACAUGGGAACAAUAAAUCUCUCUUGAAAUUGGUAAUUUCAAUACUAGCAGUAUUAUUAACAAAUGAAUGGGACUGUGGUGUGUGCUACUUAUAUUGAUAUAAGUAGUAUGUGACGCGAGUCAGGUAUGUAAUGUCUGGCAGCAGAAGAUUGGGGAAGAUCAAGAAAGCAAGAGUGGAAAUAGAAUACAAUUUGUAUGAAAAUGCAAGGACAAUGAAGUCUGAGGCAUUUUAAGACAAUUGGUGAACAUUUUGCAAAUUAACGAUUUAAUAUAUUGUUCUCAGAUUUUAUUGAGAUGCUCUGUGAUGUUGUGACAGAUGAAUUCGAUUGUCCCCACCCGUGAUUUGUUCAAUACAGGAAUUUAACUGGAUUAAUAUUUUUGUAGUAAAUGCAUCAAUCUGGUUGAUUACAAAUUACUAUUAUUAUAUCAAAAAUGCAAAUAAUAAACUAUGGGGAUUUUAUAUUAUUUGAUUUUAUAUAUUUUUGUUUGUUACAAAAAGUCAAAUUUUUUGUUGCCAUGGUAAAUGAUACAGAUUUGUAAAAUAUUAUUUUUAUAAAUGAAUUGAUAAUCAUUAAAGUUUUAUUAGUCAUGCCUAGAUACACUUUUAAAUGAGUAUAUACAAGAAAAUAAUGAAUAAAGUUGUUGAAACUAUGAAAUUUAAUAACAAAUGAAAUUUGUUGAUUUUACAAGAAAAACUGGCAAAAUAAAGUUGUUAUUUAACAAUUAUGUGUGUAGUUAGAUAAUUUCAUACGAGACUACUAUCUACUGUAAUCCUCUAAACACUAACCUUUUUUUAUAAUUUUGUACUAUAUAGUACAAACAAACAUUUGAUCUGAUUGAAUAAUUGGAGUGAAAAAAAACUUAUUUCGUCGCAUGCGAAAUAAAUAACGUAUUAAAAGGAUUGUGCUUAUUCACUUUAAGCUCAGUGGAUAAAUUACAUUUUUUGUUAGAGUAGUUAUAUGAAAGAGCUUUCAAAAAUGGUAUUACCUUGUUUUCACUUAAAACGUCGCACAAACUUGAUCAGUCAAGUAUUUAAACCGUUACAUACCGUAGUGAGGAAUGACUAGUCAUCCAAUUAAAAUUGUCUCAAUUAACAAAUGUUUUCUCAAAUUUUACGAUCAAAUUGUGAAACCUAAAUACCAUAUCACAGGUGAAUCUUACAAUUAAUUGGAUCUAAAUUGACUUACAUGGUCAACUACUUAAUCAGUCAUUUGAUCUAAUUUGUGACCAAACAUCUUCAUUUAAUAAUAAUUGUGUGUUAUCACAGACACGCAUACACGGUUUCAACCAGUCACUCUCAGAGGUCAGAUGUGGAUAGCUACAAGAUAUCGGACACUGGAACCAAGAUACUCCAUGGAUAUUGCAUGUUAUCCGUGGAGGCUAGGGAAGGGGAGAUGAUAUUCGUCAACUUGGAUUCCUGUAGCUGAAUCCAAAACUCCAGACUUAUUUUCCAGGAACGGUCGGUGAUGCGUCAAAACAGUUAGAUAUAUCAGUUCAAGGUGAAUUGAUAAAUGAGAGUUGGUGUUGGAUGCACGCUAUUGAUCAAGAUUUUGCUUAAUUUUCCAAGGAAAGACGUUUACUUUUAAUAAACAGACAGAUUCACCGUAAAUUUAUGAACUAGAAUGUAAAUAUUGUUCAGAAGGUAUUCAAUUCACUUCAUUAUUUACCUGCCAAAAGAAUAUAGAAUGUAUUGGAUAAAAUUAAAAUUGUUAUUUAAACAGAAAUACGAUAGGAUAACCUCAGUGUGUUUAAUUAGUCAUUUCCUUUCUUUAUUUGUGAACCAUAUUUUAUCUUGUUUACUUCGUUCGAGUAAUUUUUCUGGUUAGCGUUUUUUAGCGAGUUAGUUUUCUACUGGAUGGAUUCGCUAACCCCAUGCCCAACCCUCCUCCUUUAUCCGGGCUUGGGACCGGCAGUAGCCCCCGAGGGGACUCCAGGAGGAGUUACUUCGUUCAAUAACUAUAAUUGUUCAGUCUGAGAUUCACAUGUUGUUGAACUCUUUUUAUUAUUCUACGUUUAUUACGUCAGCAUUCUAAAUUGGUUUAUUUGCCUUCAAUCCAGUAUUAUGAUGAUAACAAGCACGGUCAGUUGUUAUUUUUUGUUUGAAAAAAAAUGAGAAGUUUAGUUAUUUCAUGGAGUUCAUUGAUAUUCAUCUUUAUAUUUUUUACUGUAUUUGUUUAGUUUUCGAAAAUCUUAAGAUAUUUUUAUCAUGCUAAACAUUAGUCUUAUUUUCAAAUUAGCCAAAUAAAGGUGCUGUUUGUCUCGUUGAGAAUCUUGCAUAUAAAUUACAUUUUAAAACUCAAUAGAUCAGUUUAACCGAUGAAAUAGAUCAUAGUUAUUAAUGAAGUACAAUUUACUAACAAACAAUCUAUGAAAUUUAUCUUCAUUUGUAAUCACUUGUAAAUGAUUCAUAAACAAUUUUUCGAAAUUCAAAUAUAAGGAAAGUUAACCAAUAUAGAUUAAAUCCUUAAUUUCAAUAACAAUAACUUAAUGACCUAUGAAGUAAUUGUGUACAAACAUUCAAGAAAUACAAAUACAUUGUAAUAAAGUUAUAAUAGAGAAAAAAAAAGAAACGAACAAACUAAUGGAUUGUUUUAAAAGGUAAUGUUACCUACAAAAUCUCUUUGAGAAUUUGUUAAAACCCGAGAAACAUAAUGAAUGAACUUUGGGAUCCUUUUAUGGACCAAUACUAAACGUAUAUUUCUAUUGUAUAAUUAUUAAAUAACUAAACUAUGCAUAUUCAUAUUCAUCUUAUUAUAAGCUGUAUUUUGACCCAUAAACUAUUAUUAUACGUUUUACCAUUCUUGAGUUAUACCCAGUAUAUUAAUUACUACCUCCCUCAUUCACAGCCACAUCUGACUAAUUCUUGUAAAAAUGUUGUUUCAUAUAUUUAUUCGUACGUUGUGGUCUGCUUGACUGGUAUAUAAACAGAGUAUGUUUGAAAUAUAAUGAUUCAUAUCGCAGAGGCUGAGACUUGUGUUCUGGACUUAACUGACUGGGCUAGGCAGAAAGCAAGACCAAUCAGAACUCUGGGCUGCUCAUACGGGUUUACGCGUCAUUGUUCCGAUCGAUAAAUCACUGCUCUCUAAUCGGCGGCCACAAGUUAUAACAGAAUUACUUAUCAAAUAAAAAAAUCAAUUAACUGAUAACCUUCAUCCAUAUAGAGAAUAGUACAGACAAAUUGUUAAAGAUUUCAAAUAUCUCAUAACAUUUCUUAUUGUUUUUCUUAUUAAUUGAUUGUUCAAUGUGAUAUUUAUGUUAUUUUCUAUGAAACUAAAAAUUUAUUUUAAUCAAAUAAAGAAAGUAAUACUAGUUGAUUGAUUCAAUUUGAUGUUCUCAAUUGUCAUAACUGAAAAUGAUGAAUAGAGUAAACUAAUAAAUUCAGUAUGAUUUAUGAACAAUAUAUUACGUCAUGGAAACAACAACAAAAAAAUCGAUCAUAAUUUUGAUCCACUCAAAAUUGUGUUGAGAGUAAAAGUAAAUGCAUUUUGUAAAGUGAAUCCUAAUAAGGAAAAAAAAAACAAAAAAAAGAAAUACAGAGAUUAUUACAAAAUAAAGCAGUGAAUUUAAAUUCAUACAAGAAAUAUUGUUACUUAAAUUGUACCUGGGGGAACUUCCAUGAAAAAAAACAAAUGAAAAUAACAAAAGAGUAGUAAUCUUUUAGUGAAAUAAAUUGAUAAACUUCAUGAAAUGCAACAUAAUGUAUCAUGUAAAUUCACUUGAUGUUGUUCUACUUGUAUCUUCCCAUUGUUAUUUAGGACUGCAAUUGAUCAGUUUCAUGUUGACAUAUGUGCAUCCUGUGCGGAUUGCCUCGGUAUAACCCUAAAUUACAAGCUUUUUAAACAAAGAUGGAUAGUGAGUAGUAGUGGAAUCCACGACGCGCGUUUCUUCCUAUUUGGGAUUCAUCAGCUGGAUGUACCUUCAUUCCAGAGUUGAUGUUCACUCUGGUACUCGAAUCCAGUACCAUUCGCUUCAAACGCCAUCGCGUUCUCCGUGUAUCAUAGUUAAGAAGAAAUGUAUGUGUAUAUUAUACCAAAGGACUGUAGUUAUAAUCCUUUAAAAUUUGUCUUGUAGUUAAAACUUGUAAAGAUUUUUUUUAGAUUAAAACUUCAUUAUUUUCAAGUUGUAAGCUUGUUUACUUGUGAUAUUUUGACAAACGUUAGCUGAAGUCUUUUCAAUAAAAUUUUAUUUUAAUUAAAAUAUACCCUAUGAUUGCCAUUUUUAUAUAAUUAAACUCCAUAAAUACAACAGAGAUGUUUUACUGACGUAAAAUAUCUUUAAGACUUUUGGUUUCACUAACUUUGAUAUUCUUGAUUAGGAAGGUGUUACAAACAUCAUCGUUGCCAAGCGCUUAAUAUCUAUGAGAUCUUUAGGCUCGGACAAAUAUCAAAAUGCUCCUUUUAAUAUGCUAGGUCCGUAUGUGUUGAUUAUAAGGCAAUGCGUUAAACUGACUUUUAAGAUAUAAAUAAAUUCAAUACAACACUUGGCUUUCGUUAUCUAACUCAUGCUUAAAGUCGUUCGAUUGACGAUGAUCCAUUUUCCGAUGGAAACAUGAACAACAGUUCAUUGUAUUGUUACGAAGUGGUAUACGAGGGUGAACGCGAGUUCUGUGAAUGUCUAUUUCGCGGUAAACUUCAUUGUUGGAAUUCACGUGUAUUUCGUCACGGUAAAUGCUUUAAGUAAAGAGAAAUAGGACACAGAAACUUGUGAUAAUAAACCCCGUAAUUUAGAUCUUGAUGAGAUGUGCGAUCCUAAUGAUCACAAGCGAUUCUCAUUUACACUUUCAAGUUAUUCAAUUCACAUGGAAAAACGGUUAUAUUUAUCCAGUGGUUUGUCUAAUUAUUUCUUUAUUGAUAUUUUAAACAUCACAUUUAUUACAUUGGUCUCAAAGUUGGAGUCUUUAAAUUCCAAUGUUAUAGUUAAUUCUACCUAAUUCUGUAGUUCGGUUAUUGUAAAUCAUAAAUUUCCUAUUCUUGCGUGUUAUAAUUUGAUGAUCAAGGAUGACAGCUCUACAGUUGUCAACUGUGAAUUUCUGGUUACUGGUGAUGGAUUGAUUGUCACAUGGGUAGAGAAUCUAAGAAUACUUCAGACACAACUUUCCCUAUUGACAACUGAGGAUACUUCUGUUAAAAUUCUUGUAAACGUAAAUAUAAGAGAAUCCGAUUAUUAAGAUUUGCUCAUAGUUCCGAAUCAUUCCCACUUUAAUACUGGAGCAGAAAACGUCAAGUGUUUGGAAAUUACAAUGAACUCUAUGUGUGGCAGAAAACUUGAAGAUAUGGGAAGAGGAUAAAUAAACUCCUUCUGUAAAAUCCGACAUUCCUGGUUAUAAAAUAAACCUAACUCGAGGGAAAUAGGGUAAUGCAUCCCAGUUAAGUCUAUCAAAAAGGAUUGGCUAUGGACGAUGAAUUCUAUAUUGCAAAGUGGAAAACUGUACAAGAGAAUGUAUACGAGAGGUAUUAAAUGGAUAAAUAUCUAUACAAAAUAAGCUUAAUAUUACCUGAACAAUGCUUUCUCUAAGAGUUACAGUUACUGAUGUAACAACAGUCUUUUAAAAUAAACUACAGAACAGUAAGUGAUUAAAACAAAUAAUUUGCAAUAAUUACUUGACAUUUCGAUAGAACAAUGAGAAGACGGAGUUGAUCUGAAAAAUGUGAUGUAUUUGCGCUAUACAUUUCGAACAAUCUGGUCACACAUAUACUUGUCAAGGCAUUUUUAUAUGAAAAUUAAUAAAGGUCAAUAAAGAUCAAUUAAAAUAACUAAGGGGAGAGAAAGAAUAAGAAAUUAUCUCGUUAUCCUAGGCCAUAGAAUGACUUAAGGAUUACCAAGGUAAAUUCAAGGUUACGACAAAUUGUUUUUGUCUUCUCAUUGUUCUAUCGAAAUUUAUAAAAGGGACUAAUUGCUUUAAAUACUUGACAUUUAGUGCAAGCGCAUAUGACAACCUUGAAACAACGUGCUAUCCUAAAAGGACAAAAGCCUCAUUCAUGAAAUAGCUCAGAAGUGAUCAGUCAACUGUCUAAAACCAUAAACAUUUAAACGGAACCAACUAACCAGAAGAUCUCUUAAUAAUUUAACCACCAGAAUUUGAAAUGCUGAGUUAAGCUAAGAUAAAACAGUUAAUAAAAGCCUCAAUAACAUGAAGAUGCCAGUCUUUUCCAUAACCUGUAGCAUGAUAACUGCAAACAAAUCAUAAAAUAUGUAAAUCCAGAAAGCGAUAAAACAAGCAUUACUGUACGUAAGGGAAACAAUGAUUUUCAUAUACAUAUAAGGAUUCUCUUACAUAUUCAGGACAGAAAUACCAAACCCCAUACAUUAGAAGCAAUAACAAAGUCGCUUCGAAAGUGAGUUCUCGUCUUAAAAUAGUGUUUACAGUCUCCUGAUGUUACAAUCAGUGACAUGUCUACUGAAGAGUGGUCAUAAACCUAUAUUCGUACGCACCUUUUUCACACCUACCUAACAAGUUUUCACUACAAACUUGAGUCCAUUCCAAUUUCUGUUAAUUCUGACACCAAUAAUCUUAUUGUAAAGAACACUGAACAUAACUCAAAGAAAGAAUAUGAUCUACGUUCAAUGAACCCGUGAAAAAAAACGGACGAGAGAUUAAAAA